CUAGUGACACUGAUGUGACUAAAAACCUACUACAUAAGAAAUUUAUGGUCGCACGGCCCUAGCCAAAUACCUAGGAUACUACUCCGGCCCCACAGCCCCACAGAGACGUUUCUCUAGACCCGUGGGUCUAGAACUUUUGACCCCAACUAGUGUUGCAACAGAGCUAUACAGUGAACUGACUGGAUUAGGGGGUCAACUUCUGCUCGGUCAGCCCCUCGAACGAGCACCAAAAAUGGUGUGGUUUAAUUGCCUCUCCAACGCCCUGGCUAGCAGUGGGCAACGGAUUAGAUCUGAAAAUAUAUUUGAUCCAGACUUAGUCGUCGAGCGUUUUGUUUCGGUUUUAUUUUAUUUUAUUUUUUUUGGCCAAUCCAGUUUUUGCUUCUUGUACACCACUCCGGUCCCCAAAAGCAUCUGCCUUGAGAAUGCUAUUCACAAUUCCACUUCUACACCUAGCAGUCAUCUUCUGCUCUCUGACUUUGGCGACAGCAUUAACUGACUGUCUCUCGGACCUGACUUACGACGAAUUUGCCUCGUUUAAUGGGGCUCCUAUCACCUUCAAGUACGGGUUGCUCAACGCCACAGCCUGCGGACAGUACUGUGAAGGAGUCAAGGAGUGUCAGGCAUGGUUGUAUGUUGAAGGGGGCGGCGAAUGUGAUCUUUAUUCCUCACCAGCUCUUUCCACGACCGUCAUCCAUCGAUUUGCUCAUGGACGUUGUUCCGACAGCCCCGUUGAGCAGAACUAGUAGAUAGGAGCCUCUGUCGGGUCAUCCUGGAAGAGAGAAGGCAAAUCACUAUCUUUGAGCUUGGAACCGUGUUGAAAGAAUCAUUUAUUUUCCCUCUUUCUGUGUCCUUAGUUGCGGAACCCACGGACUCUCCUGUUGCAGAUACUUUUUUCAUGUUACCUUUACUUUUUCUUCUGUUAGUUUCCAAGCGGGCAGUCCUACUCAACAAUUCUCUUCAAUGCCAAAUUAAUAGAUGGUACGGCGCAGACCGUUUGUGUUGUGGAACCGUCCUCGAUAUUAACACCAGAUGGAUCUAUAUCUAGAAGAAUUGUUUAUCUACUAAAAAAAGUAUUACCUCUUAAAGUCAAUGAUAAGUAACGCAAUGUAUCAAGCGACGGAAGCUGAUCCACCUGUCGCUGUGGUCUGAUCCUGGUGUGGCGCAUGUCCAGUCAUCUGCUUGGACUACGAGAUUUCCCUAGAUUCUUC